AUGACUGGACGGCAUUAUCAAAGGCGUCUCGCACCGAAGGAGGAACUGCCGCCCAUACCGGAUGAUCAUCGCCCUGCCGAGCAGAACAAACGAAAACGAGCCUCAUUAGCCUGCCUGGAGUGCCAACGAGACUGUGGCCCUGGUCGUCCAUGCGAACCCUGUCUGCUCAAUCGACGGGAAUGUAUCUACGAUGAAUGCAACGACAAACGCCGCAAGAUCUCCGCCGAGGCGACGGAGCGGAACCUGAAGUUUUAUCGCAGCGCCCUGGAGAAUCUGCUGCGCGCCAUCCAGCUCGGCACCGAGUCGGACGUGGCCCACAUGAUCACUGACAUCCGCAAGGGCGCCUCGCUAUCGGAAAUAACUCGCAUCGCGGUCGAUUGUUUGAAUGAUAUACCCGCGACGGUGCCGGAUCCAGGGGAACAACAGGACUCGGUCGCGAACCCUCGAUGA